AUGCAGAAUGUCCAGCGUGGUCUCAGACGAUUCUUGCUUUCUGGGCCAUCUAAGACGCAUGUUUCUUCAUUGGUUGGCAAAUUCAAUGCUGCACGUGCAGGUAGACGAUGGUAUCCAGCAGGUGCAUCGUCCACAGUCCCCUCUCGGCCAUCCUUUCCCUGCGUCGAUGCCCACGCAGCCCGCGAAUCGCGCAUCCUCCAGUCCUCCUCCUUAAGGUCUUCCGAAAAGGACGUCGACCCAUCCACUUCAGGUCCAGAACCCGCGUAUUCACGUCCACGUCCGACGGAAUACCUGACGUACCAUCAUGACAAGUCAUUCCCUGUGAUUUACUCCGAUACUGCGUUGCCCGAGUUUGACAUCGCGUACGAGACGUGGGGUAGGCUCUCUCCUGCUAGGGAUAAUGUUAUUCUACUGCAUACGGGUUUGUCGGCUUCUUCUCAUGCUGCUUCGAACGCGCUUAAUCCUUCGGAGGGCUGGUGGGAGAAGUUCAUCGGUCCCGGUAAGGCACUGGACACCAACGAGUUCUUCAUCAUCUGUACGAACGUUCUCGGAGGAUGCUACGGCUCGACCGGACCCAGUUCCAUCGAUCCUCGCACCGGGACGUACUACGGCACGCACUUCCCCAUAUUAUCGAUAUUCGACAUGGUCAAGGCACAGUUCGCUCUGCUCGACCACCUUGGGAUUGAUAAACUAUACGCAAGUGCUGGAUGCUCGAUGGGUGGGAUGCAGAGUCUGGCUACUGCGUGGUUACAUCCUGAGCGUGUUGGGAAGCUUGUCAGUAUUAGUGGGACGGCGAGGACGAGUCCGAGUAGUGUUGCGAUGCGUUUUGCUCAGCGGAGUGUUCUUAUGUCCGAUCCAAAUUGGAAGAAUGGGUUCUAUUACGAUAGUCUACCACCUCAUGUUGGGAUGAAGCUUGCGAGACAAAUUGCGACUAUCACGUAUCGAUCUGGACCAGAAUGGGAUCUGCGCUUUGGGAGACAAGUGCGCGUGUCGUCUCCUGAUUCCGAAUAUCCUUCUUGCGCACCUGUACAGGAUGCCGAUUUAAACGUAAAUUCGAGUCCUGUUUCCAGUUCGGGAAGAAGACCUCGCACGCCCAUGCUUUGUCCCGACUUCUUGAUCGAGACCUACCUCGACCACCAGGGCGAACAAUUCUGUCUUAAAUACGAUGCCAAUUCGCUUAUCUACAUCUCCAAAGCGAUGGAUUUAUUCGAUAUGACGGAGUCUGCGUUACUCGAACUUGGACUCGUUCCUUCCUCUCCCCCCACCCCUUCAUCUUCAUCGCAAACGCAACAACAAAUCCCAACAGAAUUCACAACAACGUCCCCACGAACGCGAUCCCACUCACGUUCUCACCCCCCACCACCAAACCCCCCUCCCCACCUCUCAGACCUCGCAGCCGGUCUCCAACCCCUCUCACACACACCGACAUUAAUUCUUGGAGUGCAAAGUGAUAUCUUGUUUCCUGUUGAGCAGCAAAGAGAGGUUGCAGAUGCUUUGAGGAUGAGUGGGAAUGGGGAUGUGAGGUAUUACGAGCUGGGCGGUGUGUGGGGGCAUGAUACGUUUUUGUUGGAUGUACAGAAUGUUGGAGGUGCGAUGCGGGGUUUCCUUUCGUGAUUUCUUGAUGUGAUGGGAGAAGAGCACUGUAAAUCGUCGUUGAGGAUGAACGAUUCUCGUACUACUGAAUUCAAAGCUGUAUUUUCUUCGUUU